AUGUCAUUUGCCAAGGAUGAUCUCAGUGAGUCUAUGCGCUUGCUUCACUUGCGGCAGGACUGAGCCAGUCGCGAGAUGUCGGGCGAUGCUGAGCGACAUUCUCCCCCGCAGCCGCGGUGCCCACGACCGGUCCCUUCAUUGUGGAAGUGACGUGAGUCUUGCUGCUGACGAGCGCAGGGCAGCGCGCGCGCGCCGGCUCAGGUUUCCAACAACUCACACGCUAUCGAGCUCUCGGCCGAUAUCUGAUAUCAGCAUAGUGGCUCGCAACGAAGACAGCGCCAAAGAGAUCAUUCGCUACAUUACCGAGAUCUCCAAGGUCGCCUUGUCCGACAAGGAACCCGGCACCACUACCGUGAGCUUCGAGGGGUGCACGCGGUUUCUUGCGGUAUUGUUGGCGACUGAGCGCAGUGGCCAUACCUGGAUGUCCGCAGUAUCGCCUUUCGCGCGGGGUGCACGAUCCAAGUUACCUCAACAUAUACGAAGCCUACACUGGGCUCGAAGCUUUCGAGGUGCGCCUUCAGCUUCAGCCGCGAUGUCUAGUCUGUGCUGACGUGUGUGGGACUUUGUCAUCAGAUUCAUCGCCAGAACCCGGUCCUCAAAGAGUUUCUAGCGGCGGUACCUCAUCUCGCCUCGGAAGUCUUCCCAAAGGUGAGCCUAGACCUUCGCGUGCCGAUCCAAGGCGUAAAGAUAUGCAUUCAUACUUACCCGGUCACUGGCGCUGCAGUUUUACCGCGACUUAUGGCGUCAAUGA